AUGCCAGAGGGAAAUUCUUCUUCAGGUAUCACUGAUGGUGAUAAUAAUGCGAUCACCCAGAAUCAUCCAUACCACUUUCACCUUUCGGAUUCACCUGGAAUGUCCCUUAUCAACACUGUAUUUGAUGGCAAAGGAUUUCCAGGAUGGAGGAGAUCAGUGUUGAUAGCCCUUUCUACAAAAAGAAAAUUGGGUUUUAUUAAUGGUACAUGUAAGGAACCAGAUCUAGCCUCAAAUUAUUACCCACAGUGUUUAGAAAGCAGAUUUGGAAAAUCAAAUGGAGCAAAACUAUAUCAUCUCCAGAAAGAACUGAGUGCUUUGGUACAAGGAAACUCAGAUAUAUCAGGAAAAGGAAAAAUCACUAAAUCUAUGCAAGAUCAAAGACUUAUCCAGUUCUUAAUGGGUUUGAGUGAUGUUUAUGCACAUGCUACGGGUUACGGACAGAUGCAGAUUCAAAGACCUGCUGGUUUCCUUCCUCAACCAUACCAACAGAAAUCUGGAAAUAUCCAGUUUAAGGGGAAGGGGAAGAGAGCAAAAUUCAAUCCUAAUGUGAGCUGCAGACACUGCUACAGGAUUGGACAUGUCAUAGAUGACUGUUUUAGAUUACAUGGUUUCCCAGAGGAUUUUGAAUUUAACAAAGGAAAGAAUUCUCAAAACUCAAUCAGAGGAAAUGCAGCACUGGGAUAUGAUGAGAUACAUGAUUAG